AUGGUUGUCACUCACGCACGUGUACCCAUUGCCGAGUCGCGACUGGUGCGGAGACGGUGGAUCUGGUUUAUAGCGGGACUAGCUGCCAUCGGGUUCGAGCUGUUUAUAUUCAGAGACCUGAGGCGCUGGUUCUCUUCACCUCAACUGCUCGGGAAUAUGCGAAAUCUCAUCUUUCUUUCCGCGGGGGCCGCCCUGGCUCUCAACCCAAGGGAUACAUUCUAUCCGCCAACCUUGAGUGACCCUGCCUACAUCGCCAAUGGCUCCAUUGGGACCUACGGUGGUAUCUACAAGGCUGAUACCAAUGGCCCAACCGGUGGAACUCCCUACGGGACUUAUGACUAUUGCUCAAUGCCGCAUCCUCGCUCAGAGGAAUAUGGGUUACCCGAGGCUCUCACUAACGGGUCAACCAAGGGCAAACUUGUGUACUUGGAGUACCUCCAACGCCACCAACGGCGCUCUCCGUACAACAUUCUGCCAGGGGGGGAGAAUCAAGCAUAUCAUUGUGAUGACGUCCGUCCGUACCUGUACGCAGGAUCCAACGGCGCAAGCGGUAUUCAGCCAAUGCCCAUGUACGCUCAGACGUACCAGGACCCCACCAACCCCUUCACCCCAGGUGUGAAUGGUACAUGUCAGUAUCCGCAAAUCACCAUUGGUGGUGUGCAGGACGGAUUCCAGCAUGGUAAAGACCUAUGGGCAGUCUACGGUCAGAAGCUGGGCCUGAUCCCCCAGCGACCAAACCAUCGUGUUUGGUUCCGAUCCAGCGGGUCUGCUCUUACCCAGGCCUCGGCUGGUGCUGUCCUGCGUGGCGUCUGGCCCAAUUACCAAGGAGCUUUACCGUUACAUCAGAUGGUUUCCUCUGUCGAUACUGUCAAUGAAGGGUACACAUGUGCUGCUGUCAGCUCUACUCUUUCUGAUAUAAAGUCGACAGCAGAGUGGAAGGAGCAUAUGACUGUCACCGAGGAGCUGCGUUCAAAUUUGGGCUCAAUGCUUGGUGCGACGGAUAGUUCUUGGCAGAGUACCUUCGACCACUUCUCGGACAAUUUCCAGGCUCGCCUUUGUAAUGGAUAUGAACUUCCUUGCAGCUUGUCGAACUCCUCAGCUUGUGUCAGUAAGGAGAUGGCCGAGGAGGUCUUCCGUGCUGGUGACUGGGAGUGGAACUACUACUGGCGCACAAACCCAGAUGUGGUCAAGUACAUCCAAGUCGUCGAAGGUCUAUUUAUUGGCGAGAUUGUUUCUCGCCUGCAGGCAGUUUUGGAUGGUCACUCUUCGCUUGACUAUAGUCAUAUCUUCAUUCAUGAUGGUGAUAUCGGCCCUAUACUGGGUGCUCUGGGAAUCGACGUGCUGCGCUGGCCGGCUAUGGCAUCUAACAUUGCUUUCGAAGUUUGGGAAACCGAGGGAAGUGAAAAGUCAUUCUAUGCUCGAGUUCUAUACAGCGGGCAUCCCAUAAGAACUGUCCACGGGGUACUUGACUGGGUUCCACUCUCGGGCCUGAUUGGCAUUCUGCACCCAUAUGUUCCCCAGGAUAUCACAUCUCUUUGUGAAUGA